AGCGUUCUACAUCUGGACUCGGAGGCAUAGAGCCCAACUCUACAUCCCGAUCACUGUACCCUGAAACAUCUAAUUUCCCGAUAUCCACUAGGAAUAUAUAAUCUCCCCGUCCCUCUCUGGUCUCGUCUUCCUUAUUCGACAAUUCACAGUUCAUCCAUAUCCGUCUCCAGAAAUGGCUGAACAAAAUAUUGGGGAGCAAGGAACAGAUAACAUGAAUCACAUGAAUGACACCCAUGAUCUAGAUAACAUUCAUGGUAUGAUUGAUGUCCUUGCUAUGGGCAGUUUGCAGGGAUUUGAUGACAUAAACAAUGGAGACAAGCUGAACAUUGCGGAUGCUGUGCAAGACAUGGCUGGCGGCCUUGAUUUUGAUUGUUUGCAGGAUAUAGAUAAUGUUCUCAAUGCUGAGAAUGGGCAUAACAGCAAUGGAAAUCCUGAAUUAGAUAAUCUGAAUGAAGCGGAGAAGGUGCAGGAAGCAGAUGCAACUGAUUUGCAAGGCUCACAGAAUGAUGCUGGUAGUGGUGAAGAAAAGAAAUGGCCUGGUUGGCCUGGAGAAAAUGUAUUCAGGUUGUUGGUUCCCGCCCAAAGGGUUGGGGGUAUCAUUGGUCGCAAAGGGGAGUUCAUUAAGAAACUUUGUGAGGAAACCAAGGCACGAAUCAAGAUUCUCGAUGGCCCACCUGGGACCAAUGAAAGAACUGUUCUGGUUUCUGCCAAAGAAGAGCCUGGUCUCCCCAUUUCUCCUGCAGUGGAUGGUUUGCUUAGGGUCCAUAAGCGUGUUGCUGAAAUUGACUCAGAAUCAGCUUCCAAUCCCCCAGGCAAUGCAAAAACAGUUUGCACUAGACUACUUGUGGCUGCUACUCAGGCCGGAAGUUUAAUUGGGAAGCAAGGAUCUACUAUUAAGUCUAUCCAAGAUUGCUCUCAGUGCAUCAUCCGGGUUCUUGGAGAUGAGCAUCUUCCUAUUUUUGCGCUCCCAGACGACAGUGUUGUAGAGGUACAGGGGGAGGCAGAAGGUGUUCACAAAGCAGUGGAAAUGAUUGCCACACACCUACGGAAGUUUUUGGUUGACCGCGGGGUUAUUGGUGUAUUUGAAAUGCAGAUGAAAAUCCCCAACGUACGCCCAAACCAAAAUAUGCCCCCACCUGGUCCUGCCUGGGGUCCCCCUCAUCCUGGUUUUCCUGGUGUUGGACCUGGCUUUGGACCCGGCCAUCAUUAUAUUCCACCUCGUCAAUAUGAUAACUACUAUCAACAGGGGGACAUGCCUCCUUUGGACAAACAACCACGCCAACAUGUUCCUGGAUAUGAUAGAGAUGCAUCAAUUGGAACUCAUGCUACAAGUACGCAGCCACAACAAUCUAUGGUUACAAAGGUCACCCAAAACAUGCAAAUCCCCUUGUCUUACGCUGAUGCCGUGAUUGGUGCCUCUGGCUCAAACAUUAGUUAUAUUCGGCGCACUAGUGGUGCAACCAUUGCCAUACAAGAAACUAGAGGUGUUCCCGGGGAGAUGACUGUUGAAAUAAAUGGGACUGCUUCACAAGUUCAAACUGCCCAGCAAUUAAUUCAGAAUUUUGUUGCUGAUGUUACAAGCAAUUUGCAAAGUGCUGCUGCCGGGCAACCUCCCCAAGGUUACAACCCGUACCCUUCUCACGGCACCGUGUACAAUUCACCGCCAACAAGUGCCGCCGGUCACACAGGACAAGCGGUGCCUGGCUCAGAUUACGCUUCUCUAUAUGGAGCCAACUAUGGUUAUUAGAGUAUUAUUAUUAUUAUCCUCCACACAUUCGUCUAAUGAAUGCCCUUUAUAACUUGAACUUUAAUUUUUGUUCAUGUUUCCCUUAUGGACCCACCUUUGAAGUUUUUCUUUGUCCGAAGUCUCACGAGGGAAUGGUAAUGGAUUACUGUUUUUAGUAUUAUUAUUGCUUUGCUUGGCAAUGAGUAGUCAACGAUGGAGCUGUCAGCAAAAUUAAAGCCAGACAGGCUCAUGGGAUA